UAAAAAAAAUAGUAAUGCUAUUUCUUACUCUUGACUUUUUUGACUUCAUGUUUGACCAUAGCUAGUUCAAGGAUAAGGCUUUCAUCAUUCAUGUACUACUGAAUUUAGUGCUGCAUAUUAUGAAAUUUUGUAAUCAUCUUUGAAAUAUGUUUACUCCCCUGCCAUCCCCACCCCAAGUCAGGAGGUGUAGGGAUAAAGUGAGAAUUACCAAAAAUUAAGCUCAGUUAUAGUCUUUGCAAAGAAUAUUGACUAUCAGGAAAGCUCUUCAGCUCUACUGGUACCAAGAAAAAUUCAAAAGGUAGGCCACAUUGCAUAGAAUGUGUGGGGAAGAUGAGUAAUGACCUGAGGAUACCACUUGAACUAAAAGUAGUGCUUUGAUUCGAGUUUUAAUAAGGAUAAUGUUAACUGAGGAAAUUAAAGAUAAUGGGAAUGUCUGAAAACAGGCAUAAGUAUAGCAAAGGUUAAAAAAAAAGCAACACUCCAGUUGGAAGGUGCUACUAAAUAAUUUCCAUUUCAAAAUUCUAGGAAGACAGGCAAGCUAUUGAAGAACCAAGAACAGACGCUUAAUAAAUGUGUCACAAUCAUGGUGUUACAAUGUGACAAAAGAAAGCAGGAACUGUCCUUUUGUUUAAGAAAGGUGAGGAGUGGGGGAGGUCAUUUAGGUAUCUGCAAGUGUGGUCUUAAUUGGAUGCAAGGCUUUAGAGUAGUUUAGAAGGAAGACAACUAAAGAAAUAAGGAGAAAUGUGAUUAGUUCAAUCAGCUGGGACAAGUACUCUUUAUUACGACCUUGCUGAAGGAAUAAACACAUUGGGUAACUGCACUCUCGAGUGAGAGACAAGGUUAGUGUUGCAAUACCAGGCUGAUGACAGACAGGCUGAGAUCUACCUGUGCAAUAUGAUGCAUCUGCAAAAAAAAUGUAAUUCUAGUAUACAGUAAGAAAGAAUAUUUCCUACAAUGAUCCAGUCAUUUGUCAUUGUCAUUUACAAAUAGAAGAUGACCAUACAUUUCUGGUCUUCUGUGCUAAGACUAAUUGAAACUGGGCCAAAUGUGGAGAAGCACCUAACCAAGGAAGAGUAUUUCUUUUGAGUAGAAAUUAGAACGGCCUGUCUUGUUUAAUGAAAAACUAGCAAAAAAGGAGACUAGAAGAGAUAUGACUACAUGUCAUAUGGGUAUGACUCUUGUACAUAAAUGCAGUAGAGAGGGAGGAAAAAAACCAAUUUUAAAUUAGGAGGAAUACUGAAGAGGAAUAAACUGGUGCAAGCUAAUUAUUGAAAGUGCUAGGUUAAUUUAGUAUUAAAGCACAUAGCAGAUCUGCAUAGUUUUUAUUAUGUUCAGUUUUCCUCAGAAUAAUUAGGGCUUUAUUUUUUUUCCUAAGGGUCUGUUUUGGUAUGUCUUGACUUCUAUAGCAUGUUCUUUUUUCUCUGCUUCUGUAAUCUGCUAUUGUUUCCGCUCUCUCUCAUACUUCCUCAUCAGGACCCGUAUUCACCCAUUUAGUUAGACCUAUAACAUAUUCCUUAGGAAUGAGUGUCCAUCAAACAGAAAUUAUCAUCUUUAUACAGAAAGCUUUUCUAGUUCUCUUUAAAUGUGUGUAGGAACUCCAAAUAUUGCACCAUGUUAGAGUAAUUUCCACAAGGAAACUUAACCAUGUAGCCUUAAAUAAACCACCUAAGAGCCUAGGUUUGAUUUGCUUGAGCAAGUCCUCGUGAAGGUUUAUAAUUUAAAUUAAGUUGUUCAGAGGUAGGUAGUGUUUGAGCUGUAUGACUUGCUCAAAAGAAGAAAAACUUGUUUUUCUGGUAGGCGUGGAUGCUUUUACUGACAUUAAGGCACACCAAGUGUUUGAAAUAAAAUGUGUUGGCAAGUGUCUUAGCUAUUGUAUCUACAUGUUUUUUCCCUAGUCUCAUUCUGUAUUGAACAAUUCUUGCAAUUUAUCUUAAAAAUUUUUAAGCUUUUUUCUUUCUGGAUGGAACUGAGCAAUUGGUAGGUACACCAUACUAUGAAAUAACUGUCUGGAGAACCAGUAGGGGAACUGAACAAAACUUCACUCCACUGUCUGCUUUGAAAGCAGCAGGAGAGGAAGACUUCACCCUUCAGAGCCAUGCCAGGGUCUGCAGGCAUCAAGCAAUGUUGGCAGACCUGGAUAUCUACUGAGAACACUAUGAGGCUGCCUUCCCUACAAACCCUGCCUUAUGCAAUGUUAAGUACGGUAGCACUCGUAAGUGGAAUUUUAUAGUACUUCCAUCAAUUCACUUGUCUUCUGCUGAAUUGUAUCAUGACCUUUCCCUGUGUGUACUGUCUCACCUAUGGUGGACUGCAGGUUAGGGAAUUUACAUUAUAGUAUUUGGACCAUGAUGUGCAACAAUCCUUAAUUGCCAUGUUUUCUAUGAACUUACUUAAUCCUGUAUUCAUUUCAAUUAUGUUUUUGCCUGUAACUUUCCUGUGGUAAGUCCAGUUGAGUUUUGUGGGUGUGUUUUACUUAUACAUUGUGCAGAGAAAAAAAAAUGUUUCCAGUUUCCAUUUUGCUUUAAAAUUACUGUAUAAUUACUUAAUUGGAUGUUCUAAAAUCUGAAUUACAGAAAAUAAUGAAUAAUGGAUUCCUAUGAAUCCACAGUCAUAUGCUAGCUAUAUGAUACUCGAACAUAUUCUCUCACAGUACCUAAAGAAAACUCCAUAUAAAGGAACUGUUCCAUACCUCUGAUGUAGAGGGAAAGUCAGAGAGUCACAGACAGUACUGAUCAGUAAAGGCAUAUUCUUAUCACUGAUUUUGUGUAAAAGCAUGUUGACCAAGUCACUGAUAGGUCAGUGCACAGUGAUAGAGACUUGUCCCCCAUCUUGCCUAUGAAAUUUAUGAGCAAUGAACAUAGGACAACAUUAUCUAAUGCUAUUCAUUUUCUUUCUUGCAGAUGCAACAGCAUAAACUACAAGGACAAGGAAUCUUGCAUCCACAUUUAGAUAAAUUCAGAAAGCUCUGUGGUGGGAAAAAAUCCUAUUUUGCUGCUGCUGUGUGCAUUAUUACUCUAACUUCAACAAUCACACUUUCUUAUUUUAGGUUACAGAGACUUUCUCUCCUGCCAAAAAUAAUUCAGGAAGGUAGCAAGUGUAGAAGGGAAGUUGCCAAUAACACAAUAACAGCAUUAAGGGGUAACAAAACUUUUAUUAUUGCCCCAUACUUCGAUGAUAGAGAAAGCAAAGUCACCCGUGUGAUUGGGAUUGUUCACCAUAAAGAUGUUAAAGACCUUUACUGCUGGUUCUGCUGUCAGCCUCGUGGAAAGAUAUACAUAUCAAAAUCAAACAUUGAUGUUCAUUCAGAUAGAUUUGGAUUCCCUUAUGGUGCAGCAGACAUAGUUUGUUUGGAACCCCAAAACUGUGAUCCAACACAUGUGUCGAUCCAUUGGUCCCCACAUGGAAAUAUUGACCAGCUGCCAAAGUUCGAAAUUAAAAAUCGCAAGGCCGAGACAUUUUCUAUUGACUUCACUGUAUGCAUCUCUGCCAUGUUUGGAAAUUACAACAACGUCUUGCAGUUUAUACAGAGUAUGGAGAUGUAUAAGAUUCUUGGGGUACAGAAAGUGGUGAUCUAUAAAAACAGCUGCAGCCAGCUGAUGGAGAAAGUCUUGAAGUUUUAUACGGAAGAAGGCACUGUAGAGAUAAUUCCCUGGCCAAUAAACUCACACCUCAAGGUCUCUUCUAAAUGGCAUUUCACUCAAGAUGGAACACACAUUGGCUACUAUGGACAAAUCACAGCUCUGAAUGACUGUGUGUAUCGUAACAUGCAGAGGAGCAGGUUUGUGGUUCUUAACGAUGCUGAUGAAAUAAUUCUUCCCCUUAAGCACCCAGACUGGAAAACAAUGAUGAGCAGCCUUCAAGAACAAAACCCAGGGACCGGAAUUUUCCUGUUUGAGAAUCAUAUCUUCCCUGAAACCAUAUCCACCCACACGUUCAACAUUUCGUCCUGGAAUACUGUGCCAGGUAUUAACAUAUUGCAACAUGUUCACAGAGAGCCGGACAGAAAAGAGGUAAUCAAUCCAAAAAAAAUGAUCAUUGACCCAAGAAAGGUGAUUCAGACUUCAGUCCACUCUGUCCUACGUGCUUAUGGGAAUAGCGUGAAUGUUCCCGUGGAUGUUGCCCUUAUUUAUCACUGUCGAGUGCCCCUCCAAGGAAACCUUCCCCGAGAGUCCCUCAUCAGGGAUACAACACUGUGGAGAUAUAACUCAUCAUUAAUCAUGAAUGUUAACAAAGUGCUGUAUCAAACGGUACUGUAAGCUCAAAAGUGAAACCUUGGUUGUAAGGAUGGAGAGUGGAGAGCUGCCCGACGCCCAUGGGGACAGGAUGGGGUUGGGAGGAGUCAGAGGAUUUUUCAUUUUGAAAAUGAAAACAAACAACAAAAAAAAUCAUCUUAUUGCAUAAAUCUCACACUGGAAGUAUUUCCAGAUGAAGAUCCUUGUAAAGCUUGGGGGAAACAUUUCUUUUAUGCACUGUAUAAGGGUAAAUGCAUUUUGUCUGUGGCCUGAGAUACAGUAUCUCUUAAUAAUCCAGAGCAGUCAAGCCCUAAUGCAGAACUGAGUUCCUCAGAUAAAGGUUCUUCUGCAGCUGAGAGCUGGGACAGAAUGAUAAUUUUUCUUUUAACUGCCUGUAAGUAUGAAAGGGCAUUAUUUAAGGCAUAGGAACUGAUCAUGGUGGAAUAAGAUUUUCCUGCUUUCUUCUUGCUUUCCUACGUUUAUACAUGUUGUGCCUAGUACAACAACCCUGUAAACUGCCCAAAGAACAAAUAAAUGUAUUUGUUUGUUGCUUA